GUACCAAUUGAGACUCUGGCCGUGGUUGAGAAUGAAAUAAUCGGAAGCUCCGUGAGUUUUGAACUGUGUUUGACUGAAAGCCAACCAGAAGGAAAGGAAUUGAUUUUUGUGUUGUUUGACCUCAUCAGCAGUCCGUCCGUUCGUCGCUGCUGCCCUCUCACUUUGGGUUGGAUAUUGAUUGUCUCAAACGAUCGCGUGUGUGUGUGCAUGUCGGAUCCGGGGUAUUAUUUUUAGCCUAUCCCCAAUUUCGGAUUCGAAUUUUUGUGUAAUCGAUAUACCUACCAUCACCGUUCGGAAUCGAGUUUGUUAACGGGAUUAGAAGGGUUGGCCAACCAACAACCACUUCCGAUAGUAGGUGAUAUAAGAAGUACAUAUCGAUGCGAAGGGUGGAAGUGCAGUGAUUUUUUUUUUGUUGCUAUUCGCCAAGCUCGAAAAUUGUCGUCGUCGUACUGCGGCAUUCGAGGUAUUUUUGUGAUUUGAAUAAUUGGUGUCAGGCCACGGAACACGGCGGAACCUCGCAAAAGGAAGAGUGUGUGAAAUAGGUAUUUUGGCUGUGUUUACUCGCGCACCGAGUCAGGUCGGUCCGGAAUUUUCCGGCGGUGGUUUCGGACGCGUCGUGUCGGGGGUGGUGUUUGUCGCUGCAAUCUGGUUGGAAAUAAAUUUCGACGUUUAACGAGACUGGUGACUCCAUCCAACUCACCGUCGUUGGGUUUUCAGUGCGUUUCAUAAAUAUUUUCAAAGUGUUUCCAAAGAUAGUUUCCUCUCCGGUGUGUCCGUGUGUGUGUGUGUGACGUUUAACGUUGAAAAACCGGGAGGAAGGCAGUCAUCCGGUCACGAAAGUUGAAGAACCUAGGCGUAAAACGAAACUAACCAAAAAUACAAACAAGGUAGGCCGGUCACACACCCGCGUGUGUAACUACGCAAACGCGUCAAGCGACAAGUCAGAAAAAACUUGUUUACAAAUGUGACGAGGUUUAGUCGCGCAUCGGAACCAAGAAACGCUGCUGGUGAAGAAUAAUUACCAUUUUUUUAUUCACUCGUUACGGCGAACGACAACAACAGAACGCCGUCUCCAGUGAGUGUCGAGAGUGCAUAUUAAACUUCCGAUCGUACGAGAAGCGAGCGAACGAUUUUUUCAAAGUCAUCAUUGACAAAGUGACAGUUUGCCUGCUCAGUGACAUACCGUCUCGGUACGCGUCAUCCGUGUCGGCUUGCUUUGAUUGAUCUGGCUCUCUCAUUUGUUGUUACAACUUUCAACUUCAAAGAAUGAUCAAAUAUGGCGGUCUGAGAUCGGUAACGAUCCUACCCGGAUGGACGUUUUGAAACAGUGAGCGUCAGGGAUUCUUCAAGUAUUAAACUCAGAGAACAUGCCACCUUGGAUCGGCGAUAGUGCCAUGCAGCACUCCACAAAAUCGAACAGAAUGCACCGACACCUGCCUUGCUCCACAAAUUCCGGCUCCACACGGCCGUCAAUUAUGUACAGAAGUAGUAAUAGUUCUAGUGAUAGUUGCUGUGGUAACACUUCCAAUAAUUCAAGAGGCCGCCUACUAGAGCUAGGUUCGCUGGUGUACCGGUUGCGGUGGAUCACCGUCGUGAUGAUCCUGUUGACAGUAUUUGCCGCCGUGGAAGCGGUUUGCGAAGAGGAACGCUGGUGGGAUCCGGUACGGACGGAGUGUGUUCCUUGCACGGUUUGCGGUGAACAGCAACUUGUGCUGCGGCCCUGCCAGGAGUACAUGGACACGGUUUGCGGGACGAUGAAAGAUCUCGAUAUGGAUCUUGCUCAGUUGGCCCGCACGGCGGAUGCUCAGCACGAGCAGCGACACUGGAAGGAGGAACGCCGAAAAGAUGGCCACCACCAGGCGGAGCACCAGCACGAUCCGCAGCACAGCCGGCAAUCGUCGGCGCAGCAGCACCACGUCAGCAGCAAGAAGAAGGACAACACCGCCGAAAUCAUGUGGGACUGGCAGGCGGCUUCGCUUCUACUGGCCAUUAUCGGAUGUCUGCUGUUUUUCUUCGCUGCCGCCAUUAUCGCCCUGAAUCAGACGCGCCAGUGGAGGCGAAUCGAAAAGCAUUUCGAUGCAGACAUGGAAGCCCUUUCCGCUCAGCUAAUGAAUCACCUGUCGAGCAUGCAGCAGCUCGAGAACGGGUCGAUUUUCCUAGACGACGUGAUCGGCGGAGGUAACAGCGGCAUUGGUGGUGGUGGUGGAGAUUCGCGACGAUAUCGGAACGGAAUCGGCGGUGGUGGACACCACCAUCAGCAUCAUCAUCAUCAUCACCAUCCGAUAGAGGUGCGCUGUGUCUACUUGGAUCAGUUGUUGGACGGCAAUAAAAAUUGCAUCACCCAUCAAGGACCGGGCAAUCUGUACAUCGAGGAAAACAACGAACGGCUGUCACCGUUGAUCGCAGGGGGAGGUGGAGGUGGAUCGGGUCCCGCCGUUCAUCACCAGUUGAGUAGAAUGUAUUGAUGAAACCAUGGCGACGACGUCGCUUUGGUAAGGUCAGAGCGACGAUUUGCGCUUCCCCAAAUAUGAUAGUAGAACGUCGUCGGCAUAUAACUGCUGUCAUUGUCACGCCACGUCACUUGAAAAGUUUGAAAAGUUGUUGCUUUAGAAGUAGUAUUGAUGCGCUUUUAGCUUUGGUUGUGCUAUAGGUUCUCAGCGACGACUAGCGAUUCGUUAAUGAGUUGAUAAAAAUACAGAAGUUGUAACAAGUUUAAUAAAAUUGUAAUCUAUGUCGAAUUACUUUUAACAUUAGAAAAGCUUACAGUUAGAGAGAACUGCUAAUAUGAAAUUCUGAAAUUAUCCAAAUUUAUUCGCAACGCAGUGUUGCUCGGAGCGCGGCCUACUUGUAUAUAGGACAAGAAACAAUAAAGUAUUGUACCAACAACAACUACCUGUCGAAAAGUUCAGCCUUAGAACAAAUGAAGCAAGCAAACGAAACCGUUAUUAGUUUAUUAUAUUAGAGUAGUAUUACUUUUUAAUAGAAACUAGGAGGCAGUCGACAUUUUGUAGGUUAAGAGCAUGUAAACAUAAAAUGAAGUUGUACAGAGGAAAGAAAGAUAGAAAUAAAGAGAUGGCUUAUAAUAGUAAUUAGUCGAGUAAAGUGCCUUGUUUAAAAGGAACACGUUUCAAACUUCAUAAAUAUGUUAUUGAACUGUACUAUUAAAAAAAUGAAUUUAUAUUUGAGUCACUAUUUUAUUGUUACUUUUUGCAGGGACAGCUUUGAGUGUAAAUAUGCUUUUUUUAUUAGGUUUUAGACAAACGCAAUAUGUAUUUAUCAGUACAGAAGAAGAUAGAAAGAGUUAUUUUUCCUUUCAAAAGAAAAUGUUCGCAAUUACAUAUUAACCUUCCAUUAGGGCAGCAGUUUAAUAGUGACUAACAGCAUAAUUCCAGUAUGAGUUGUAGCGUGGGCGAAUUCGCCGCGUUCGGAACGCCGUCGUGGACGUAGUAAACUACUAAUUGAAUGGAAAGUUGCCGUCGUUUGUGGGUGGAAUGUGCCCGGGUCUGUAAUAGUUUUGAUGAAUGAAGCACGUACGAAUGAAAAUGCAAAUUAUAUCGAGCCUGUCGAGCUUAAACUUA